AUGCGCAACUCCUUCCUCAAAUCCGUCCGCAGCAGUUUCCCGGACUCCCGCAUAGUCAUGGGCAAGACAAAAGUCAUGCUCGUUGCUCUCGGCCGCGAUGUCGAGUCCGAGGUUGUGCCGGGCGUCAGUCGGCUGGGGAAAUAUUUGACUGGAGAGAUUGGGCUGCUGUUCACGGACCGAGAGGUCGAGCAGGUAGAGGCGGAGUUCGAGGGGUUCUGGAAUGCGGAUUAUGCGAGGAGUGGUGUUGUUGCGAGCCAAGAGGUUUGGGUCAGGCCGGGCGAGGUCAAGACUAUGUAUGGUGUGGAGGGCGGGGAGGAGGAUCCGUUGCCGCUGGCGAUUGAGCCGCACUUGAGAAAGCUGGGUGUGCCAACACGGAUUAAGGGCGGGAAAGUGGUGCUGGAGGAUGCGCCGGAUGGGGAUGAGGGGGCGAUGGAAGUUGAGGAGGGCGGGUACUUGGUCUGCAAGGAAGGGGAUACACUGGACUCGCGGCAGACGAGUAUUCUCAAGAUUUUGGGGGUGAGGAUGGCAGAGUUUCGGAUACAGCUGAAUGCGGUCUAUGAUCGGACGGGCGAGGAAGUGAAGGAGCUGGGCAGCCGGGAUGAUGGUGCAUGA